AUGACAUCCGUGACUACUGCCAGUCCGCUCAAAGGGGGUCAACUCCCCACAGGGAACGAAGGAAGAACUGGGGUUAGUGCUCUUGUGGCUGCGGUUACCGGCGAGCCGCAAUAUGAAGGAUUUCAGGGUCCCUCUUCCGCCGCCACGUUCAUGUCGAAUAUCCGACAAGCUGUCAAUGGGGACACACAACCGCGCGACGCACGGUCCGCCGUCAGUGGUGAGUCUGAAAAUGGGCCAUGGUUCAGCCUCUCCAGCCCCACUGAAAAGGCCGUACUCGGGGACUAUGUCGUGCCACCACGCAGAGUGGCUGAUUCGCUGUUGGAAUCAUACUGGACCUUUAUCCAUCCCCUGUACCCUGUCCUGAACCGCAGCAUCUUUACCCAGUCCUAUGACGCGCUCUGGAUAGGGAGAUCCCUUCCCCUACGUGCACCGCCUCUAAUGGUUAUAGACGAAGCCACUGUCUUGUGCAUUCUGAACCUCGCUUUGGCACUUUCCUGUCAGUACUCUGAUGAAAUCGCCGUGGGGAAAGCUUUUACUUCGGCCGAGGUGUUCUUUGCACGGGCUCGUGGAUUGUUUCGAUUUGACCCGGUGGGAUCCGCCAACGUUGGUCUACCUCAGCUGCAGAUUAUGCUUCUGAUAGCCCAGUAUCUACAGGGUACGGGAAGGGCAUAUCAAGCGUGGGACAUCGUCGCUGUUGCAAUACGCAACUGCCAUAGACUGGGGUUUCACCUCGCCUCGUCAACAAGCGAAGAGCUGAUACCAGAUGUUCUUGAAAGAGAGCUGGUGAAACGUGUAUAUCACCUCUGUGUUAUGACUGAACGAAUGUUGUGUAUGACACUCGGCCGCCCCAUCAUGGUAUCCAUAAUUGAAAGCGACAGGGUGCCCCUUCCACUCGAAAUAGAUGACCAAGCUUUACGUCUAUCCUCCAACUAUAGGAGUGGCCAGACAGAAGGAGCCACUCCCUCCAUAUUAUCUUUUUUCGUACAGUCAGCAAGGCUCUACCGCAUUGUGCAGCAGAUCCUGUCCCUAACCCCGAUGGAGGAGUGCCGAGUCUCCGAGAGCAACACAGAACGAUGUCUCGAAAAUCUCCAAGCGGCGCUAAAGGUCGAUAACGAGCUGAUGGCUCUGCGCGACGGACUGCCCAGCUACUUUCGGCAUGUCACAACCAGAGCCCCAGAAACCGAACCCGGAAAUGAACGUUCCUUGACAUUCCAUCGUCAAUCAGUCGUUCUUUAUCUCAGGCACCUUCAAGCUCGUAUUUCGUUAUUCCGGCCCAUUCUCGUGGAAUUCUGUUCUGCUGGCCUGCGAUAUCAGGGCGGCCACGGUGAAUCUACCGACCUGAGCUCUCCACCCGUAACAGAAACCUUGACAUAUCGAACUGCCUUGCAGUGCUCCUUUCUCUGCGUUCAAUCAGCUCGUACUCUGAUCAAUGUUAUGUACGAGGUUUUCGCAACCGGCCGGGGUUGGGGCGUGAAGCCGAAAUGGCUGUACGGAGUUCUACAUAUCUACAUUUCGACCACUGUGCUCAUAGCAGCCCGACUUCAUCCGGCUAUCCAACUACACGAGAUCUCAGAGGCUGAUAUUGAUGAGGCGUGGUGCCGCGCGCUGAAGAUUCUGGAAACCUUCCAAAGUGAUAGCCUGGGUGCUCAGAAGUGUGUGGCGGCUCUGAAGAGGCUGCACGAGAAGGUGAUGAGUAGAAUACCAUCAUCAUUGGCCGACAUGCCGAAUACUGGAGAUGUCAGGGACAGUAGUUGUGGGGGCAUUGGCCUCACCCCAGAAGUGGAAUUUCACGAAGCAAGCGGGGCAGAUGGUCAAGUGGCAAGGCCUUUUGGUCCCCGGAUGCUGUGA